GGAUCCGACUGAGAGAACCCUCUGGUUUGGAGUUGAAAGGUGUUUAUUUAAGUGACCUCAUACAGACGUGAGAUCAUGACUUUAUGGACGGGUUAUAACAUUUCUCUCUUUUUUUGGCUUGAUCAAGAAGUUUUUGGACUCUUCCUCAACUGAAGGAAUGUCAGUGACUUGACUCCUAAAGAGGGAAACUUCCAUCGAGCCAUUUUCAGUUAGACGGUUUUCACAUCUCGGGUAGAAAAUUAGAAAAAUCAGCAACACUCGGAGCAGUGAAGGGGAUGAAAAGCUCCACCCUGUUCCUAUGUUACGGCAAAGUGGCCGCAGCUUUCUCCCACCUCAUGUUAUCUGUAUGAGUCAACAGAGAGUGCAUCAGAUAAGAGCAGGGGACACGACGAGUCGGACCAAGCAUCCAUUGAUUUGUACGAGUGCUAAGCUCGAUGGAUGUGCAUCAGAAGAGAGAGUUUUCUGUUCUGGACGUCGGGAAGCUGCAGGAGGAAGUUAUCAACGCAUUGUAAAUCACAUCUCAGUGAGUGCAUCUGGGUCUCUCCAGCCGUGACACAAAAUGACAUCAUCACUACUGGCGGCCAAUUUCACCCAGGAGUGGGUGGAGUGUCUGCGGGGGUGGCACAUGGAGUAUUUUUUCAUCCCGACCAUAGUCGUCACCCUGGCCACCUUGCUGGCCAACCCGGUCCUCCUGUCAUGCAUCUUCCUGUCCCGUGCCUUGAGGCGGGAGACGCGCUACCUGCUGGUGGCCAACACCCUGAUGGCCGACAUGCUCUUCCUCAUCCUCAACCUGGCCAUUAUGAUCUGCAACGCCGUCAGUGCUCAGGUCCCCUGGGUCGUGUGUGGGCUGUUCACAGCCGUCACUGUCACCGCCUACUGCUGCACCGUCCUCACCAUCACCCUCAUGGUGGUGGACACCUAUGCUGCUGUCCGCUGGCCUCUCCGCUACCAUGACCUUCUUCCUCCCGCCCGCACCCACCGCAUACUGGUGGGGGUGUGGGUUCUGGCAGCCGUGUACCCCUUCACUCUGAUGAUCAUGAUGGAGGUGGGGAGGGGAAAUUCCGAUGAGGAUUUGGCUGUUUGUCUAGUUCUCGUCUCUCUGGGUCUCAUUCAGGUCCAGAACGUGGUAGCGAUCCACGUCUACUUCUUCGUUACCGCGCUCUUCUGUGCUUUGCUCAUUUUUUACUGCUACAUUCGACUCUACAUGGUAACAAGGACCCAUGGCAUCUGGGAGAGUCGCUUCUCCAGGGCGCGGGUCACCCUGCUGGCCCACGGGGUUCUGCUCCUGCUCUACUUCACCCCCGGCUUUGUCUUCAUCGUGGAGCUCUUCCUGUUCCAGAGGAAGGAGAUUAGUCAAGAUCUUCGUGUGUGGGUCAGCACAGUCAACAUGUGUGUUUUCAUGUUGCUGCCCAGAGCGUUUGCGCCGUACCUCUAUGGGCUGAGGUACAGGGAGAUCUCUGACACUCUGAUGCAGCUGCUGCAUCGACACAGGGGACUCAGCCAGCACUCAGCAUCAUGAAGGACUCAUCAGGACUGUUCUCACAUUUCUACAGUGGCAUUACUGAUGUGAUAUCUGUAUUUUACAUGUUUUCCCUGCAAAGACAUUACGUAGGAUUUCUCAGUAUGGCCCCACCACCCUAAAGUUUUCUGACUAGCCUCAAUUUGAUCUUAGUUAUCAUUUUGUUUACCUAAAACAGUCAAACUUGAAAUACGUGACUAAUAACCACAAGUUAUACAAAAGCAAUUAUAGAAAACAAAAUAUUAAACUCAUCUUCAGGUCAUAUCAAGUUCGAAAUACUCAAUAACUCUCAACAUGACCUCGUUGUUGCCUCGCCCAGUUAUUGUCAUUAUGAAAUAAUUAGUUGUUCGUUCUUAUCUUUCUUUGAUUUAGAUAAUACAUACAUACCAGUGAAACGUGAAUCAGUAAAUCGACAUCCCUGCCAAAUCAAUGUUCAACUAUCAUCUGGUUAGGAUUCAUUAAUCUUUUUGUUUGUGAUUGACACUUCUUUUACCGCUGUGGUGGGCCAAAUAAAAACAAGUUGAUAUUGCUUGCUAGUUUUUUGAAAAUACACCUGUGUCACUCAGCAGAGCAGAAACCCCCACCAAGGCCCAACAGUCUCCUUAUGAAACCACAUUUAAAUUCACUACCUUCCAAUUUGUAUUUUGGAUCUGCACCAAAUUACACACAUUCAUCAGUGUCCUAAUAACAAGAUCUAUUAACAAUUCUCUGAGAAAUCAAGGAAUAUGUAAAAACGUCCUACAUCUCACAAUGUUAAAGAGAGUGGGGGAAAAGUCCUGGAUCCUCCUGAGCUGGAUCCAUCCCAAAAUGUAAUGUAAUGGUUCCUUGGAUCAACCCUUUAACAAAUAUGGAAAUUGUUUGAGUGGUUUUUGCAUAAUCCUGCCGACAAACAUACGCAAGCGAAGACACCACCUCCUUGGCGGAGGUAAUUGUACAAACCAAAUAUGUGUUCCAUCAUCAUUAUGUAGUGUUAAAGCCACGAAGCCUCCGUUUUAUGGCUGCAGUAACAAAGCACUUAACUCCACUUGCUUUAAAAGCCUUGUGUUCUAAAAGGGGAUCUCCAUCAUUGACAAAUGUUUAAUUGACUUGGCAGGUGACGGAAAGAGGGACUUCCCUUAUUUCGGAAGGUGCCGUGAAUGUAGACAUUAGUAAACAGGGCUGAAAGGCCUGAUGUCUCUUCUGUGUCUCGGUCUCACCUGUAACUGGUGCAACAGGUCAAUGCAUUCUUCUGUCCACUGGGCUGCGUCACUGCUCUUUCCUACAACAAACACAAGAGAAGUGUGUUGCCUGGCUCCAAGUCCCCAUGUCCCCCAACCCUCAGUUCAUUUUUACAUCUGCAGGUGGAGCAGAUGUACAAACAACUGCUACUGAUAAUUUGUUAAAAUUUCCACAGUACUGUGAUAAUAAUGAAAAACAUUAGGAAAUAGAACAUUUUGGGAACUGUGGGGUUUAUUGUUCAACCAUUUGUAAUGUUACAAACCUCAACCGCUGGCCUCACUGCUCAUUGUAAACUGUCUAAUUAUAACUACUAACAAUUAAUUCAGUAUUAAAGAAAAAUUAUAAAAAAAUAAAUUGUAACAGCCAAAAUGUAAUUAGUUUUUUUCUUCACCCAUAGUCCCAUGAUCCUUCCAAGCUUUUGUGUUUGUAAUCCUGCUAGCCAACCUAUGAAUAGUGGUGAAAACAUAACCCCACUUGGCGGAGGUAAUAAUUAUACACGUCUGAUUUAUCUCUGUAUUGUUCUGACUGAUUUGCCGGAUCCCUGUGAAAAGGUUUGCUCUUUCCAACGAAGCUAACCUUCCUCAUGGUUGUCUCUGAUUACACCGUUUAGUUCUGGGGAACUUGGUCAUCCAGGUUCCCGGAGGCCAAAACAUCAAUCAUUUUGCCGUUUAUGCAAAAGUUCUUCACCUUUUCUGUGUUUCCUCAUUUCGGUUUGGCUGCUUUGUCAUUGUCCAGUGUCUCAAAUUGAGGAUGUUCCAGAUAGUGUUGAUUACAGCUGGUGUUGAAAGUCCUUCCACUGUUCUUGUUUGACCAUAGAGUUAAGAUUGAUCAAAUGCACUUCUUACAGAUCUUACCAAAUAACAAUAAACAGGUUCUAACUCAUCAAGGAUGCUGCAGCCAGAGCGGCAAGUGGAACUAAACAAUAGAGCAGGUUUCCUGUAUUGACAACACUUCCUGGCAGCUGGUUCGUUGUAGAAGGGAUUUUAAAGUAUUGUAAGGCCCCAAAUGGUUUGGCUCCCAGAUACAUUGUUGACCUGCUCAUGACUUCAGCCCAGCCAGAUCCUUCAGGUCAUCAAGCAAGGGCCCCCUCAAAGUAUCAUGUAGGGAGCAUUUAGUUACUAUGGUCCUUCUCUCUGGAACAAACAGCUGUAAUAGAAAUGUACAUAUCCCAUGUAUUCGGAUGGCGUACUGGGACCUAGCCUCAAGGAGAAGGCAGCAUGUAACCCAGCGAGUGUUUAGGAUGAGAUAAUAUGAACCCACCAGAUGGUAUAAAACAAUGCUAUUUAUUCCCGUUUCCCAUUCGCUCACUCUCACAUCUCUAAAUGUGUUUGUGUGUAUCUCUGCAGGUGUUGAAUUAAACCACAGAAAGAUCAGUGUUGACUUUGCUCUUUAUUCAACUGAAAUUGGCACCACUAGGCCUGAUGGCCUAUGGCAACCUUGUCCUCUUUCAAAAGCAAACUUUUUUUUCUAAUCCUUAGUUAGUAUAAACGUGUGUGUCUGUGUUUGUAAAUGCUGUACUGGGAAUAUUGUAAAUCAUGUAUGUGUAUACUUGCUGGAUGGUUGGCUGGAGUGUCUGUAUGUGUUCUCAUUUGUCUAAUAGUUUCUAUAUUUAGGUUAUGAGUCGAUUGACCCAGUGGAGGUGGGUGGGACAGAGGACAACCAGUCCCACCCCCUGCAGGACACCAUCACAGCACUUGGCAGCCCCGUCAGCAACACACUGAUCCACCCUGAGUGUCUGAAGGGGAGGUAUCGCAGGUCGUUCCCACACUGGACUGCCACUUAAUACUUCCCAACUGGGCAAUAGUCCCUGUACUAUACUCAUUUGUAAAAUUGUCUGUGCCUUAUAAACUGUUAUAUGCAAUAUAUUUACUGUUCAUAUUCUGACAUAUUAUAUUUCUUUACACUGUAUAUACUGGUCGAGUCACAUUUCUAUUUUUUUAUAUAUAUUGUUGUAUAUUUCUAUUUCUUUAUAUUCCUUCACCCAAGUACUGUGUGCUACUUAUGUGAUGUCUUCUGCUGCUGUA